GUAGUAAAGCGCGAGAAGGAGCUUUAUCGAGAAAUACUCGCCUUCUCGAUCUUAUAUAACUAUACUACUAUAAGAAUCUAUAGCUAUUAUGCCGAGGUUAAUAGCUCCGAGACGAAGUACUAUCGCUAUAUAAUCCGCAAAUUUAACUUUACGGAACUAGACGGUAAAGAGAAAUAG